AUGACAGUCUAUGAUGGCUUCUGUAUGACAGUCUAUCCUGACUUCUGUAUGACAGUCUGUGAUGGCUUCUGUAUGACAGUCUGUGAUGGCUUCUGUAUGACAGUCUGUGAUGGCUUCUGUAUGACAGUCUAUGGUGGCCUCUGUAUGACAGUCUGUGAUGGCUUCCGUAUGACAGUCUGUGAUGGCUUCUGUAUGACAGUCUAUGAUGGCUUCUGUAUGACAGUCUAUGAUGGCUUCUGUAUGACUGUCUGUGAUGGCUUCUGUAUGGCAGUCUGUGAUGGCUUCUGUAUGACAGUUCAUGAUGGCUUCUGUAUGACAGUCUUUGAUGGCUUCUGUUUGACAGUCUGUGAUGGCUUCUGUAUGACAGUCUGUGAUGGCUUCUGUAUGACAGUCUGUGAUGGCUUCUGUAUGACAGUCUAUGGUGGUCUCUGUAUGACAGUCUGUGAUGGCUUUCGUAUGACAGUCUGUGAUGGCUUCCGUAUGACAGUCUAUGAUGGCUUCUGUAUGACAGUCUAUGAUGGCUUCUGUAUGACUGUCUGUGAUGGCUUCUGUAUUGCAGUCUGUGAUGGCUUCUGUAUGACAGUCUGUGAUGGUCUCUGUAUGACAGUCUGUGAUGGCUUCUGUAUGACAGUCUGUGGUGGCUUCUGUAUGACAAUCUAUGGUGGCUUCUGUAUGACAGUCUGUGAUGGCUUCUGUAUGACAGUCUGUGAUGGCUUCUGUUUGACAGUAUAUGGUGGCUUCUGUAUGGCAGUCUAUGGUGGCCUCUGUAUGACAGUCUAUGGUGACUUCUGUUUGACAGUCUGUGAUGGCUUCUGUAUGACAGUCUGUGAUGGCCUGACAUUGUCAGCCUUAUACCAACUAUACUACACAGGCAUGUAG